AUGAAUAAAAUAUAUUUUACAAAUGUUUUUUUUGUUUGCUACGUAUUUAUUUUCCACGAUACUUCAGUUAACACACUCUCUCUAUCAUUGCAUGUCUUUACUACUCUUUCGGAAUAUCUAACAACCUUCUCUUUUAAACUUAUACGCUUUCAGUUUCUAACCAGACUUACUGUUUGGGGUCUCUCUCUCUCUCUCUCUCUCUCUCUCUUUCUUGAAGAAAUAAUAAUAAUUUUUCUCCUCUCUAUAGCUUUUACUCUUCAGCAUUCUUCUUCAGUCUCUUUAUCAUUGCCUAUCGCCUUUAUUGUCCUUGCUUUUACUCUUUCUUCUUCCCUCUCUUUACUUUGGCAUUGCAUAUCGUCUUUAUUUUUAAAAAUAUUUUUUCAUGGUGUUCGCUUCUAUCUUUUUUUUUUUCAUUCACUCAAUCAUUACUUGAACUCUCUCUCCCUCCCCCCCUCUCUCCUCCUCUCCCUCUCUCCUCCCCUCUCCUCCUCCUCUCUCUCCUCCCCUCUCUCCUCUCCCUCUCCCUCCCCUCCCUCCUCCUCUCCCUCUCCUCCCCCUCUCCUCCUCCCUCUCUCUCCUCCUCCUCUCUCCCUCCCCCUCUCCCUAUCUCCUCCCCCUCUCCCUAUCUCCUCCCCCCUCUCCUCCUCUCCCUCUCUCCCUCCCCCUCUCUCUCUGUCGAUUACGCAUUCAUUUUUUCCUUCUUAUUCUUUCUUCUUUCUGUUCUUUUUUUAUCUUUUUUUUUCUUGCAUUUUUUUUUCUUAUCGAUUCUUAUUAGGAAAGAAAAUGAGAAAUUAA